AUGAAUCCUCGGCUCCUUUGUCAAUCAUUCUUCGCGCUAGGAAUCGUCGUAGAUCUAGGUGGCCUACUCUUCCCAUGGUUCAAACAAGAGAUCAUGCCCUAUGGCUCUCGACGACUAGAGACGAGUCCUGGAAAGGGCGCCAAGAGUAAUUCCAAAAUCAUCGGAGAUUUUGUUGCUUCUGUUCAAGUACCGCAUUCUUGGUUCACGUACUUUUAUGUAUUCUCAGUGGCCUCUUCCGCCUUCUGGGGAUACCAAAUCUUUGAGCGAGGUGCUGCAUUUCAGUUUCUCGCCGCGCAUUCAUCAAAAGAUGUUUCCAAAGCUAUGUCUGCGGAGCAGGCUCUACUCCUUUGGUUUCUGAUGGCUCUCCAAGGAUUGAGAAGGCUAUACGAAUCCAUCGUCUUCACGAAGCCUUCGCAAGCAAAAAUGUGGAUCGGACUCUGGGUGAUUGGCAUUGCUUAUUAUCUGUUUACGGGUAUUGGUGUUUGGAUCGAGGGUAUAGGUGAGAGACUUUUUGAACGUGCUGUCAAGCAAAAUUAA